AUCGCCUUGACACCUAGAACAUGACAUUUCCUAUUAAUAUGUGGAGCUAGUGCAAAUAAGUAUUUUAUCUAUCAUGUUGUGUGGUGUGCAGAUUUUUGUUAUUUUAUUAAUGUCUACUAAAUGUAUAUGUCAGGUAAAUCAAAAAAACGUUACUGCCUUCCUCCUCAAGUACGAGGGUUACAUAAAGGCCUCCCAAGACCUGGAUAAGAGUGACAAAGCGCUCCUGAAGAGCUGGGCUUCUGUAGCGCAGGUGGAUCGCGUCAAUGUGACUUCUCAUUACCGCCUUGAGAUGGUACGCCACAAGGAACAUAGCUUUAAUCGGAACAAUAUUAGUCAGAGGUGGCUGGAAUGUUUAUCCCUACAUGAACUGGAAAUAAAGAGACCCGAACGAAAUUACUACCGUUGCGAAGCAGACUGCCUGCAGGUAGCAAGCGUGGCAGAUCACCAAGAGAAGAAAGCCGUCCACCAGGUUGCUAAAGAGAUUAAACAAUGGCGAAAAAGCUUUCGAUAUUUAGGAAAUCAGUGCCAUUUGGAUAAUCCGAGAAACGAGGACGCAGCGGGUGCAUGUCUUGUGGAAUACAUUCAACGGGACAAUUACGACUUAUCAUUACAAAGGCUAAUGAAUCUCAAACAGAAAUGUAUAGCUGACGUAUAUUUAAAGAUGGCGUAUUCUUCUUAUGACUUGAACGAAUGCCUAAAAACAUGUCUUUCGGAAUUUCUUUAUGAAAUAAGAAAAGUAAUGGACACGUUACAUUUAUGUUAUGAUAUGAAAAGUAAAUAUAAGGAGUAAGGGAUGAGAGGGGCUCUUUAUUAUGGGUCAUGGGGGUAUUAAUAAUAGAGAAAUAUGGGUUUUAAUAAUAGAGAAUUUUAGUUUUUCCGCUAUACUUACAACUCGCCUACAAUAGAAUAUAAACGAAUUAAUUAAAUGGUAACGAACGACUGCAAUUUAACUGUUGAAGACAGAGCCUGCGUCUGGCUAUAUUCUGAAGCAGUAACUCCGACGAUUUGGGUAAUCACCACGCUUAUAAAACUAAGAAAGCCCGAGGGAAUAAAAUGAACAGCCUUGGUAGUAAACAUUAUAGUUGAUAUCUAAACCUUACACCGACAUUAAAUAUAAGAAGGGUCAUCAUUUUAGAUUUGGGUUCUAAAGAGUAAAUAUUCUCAUUAUAAUAUAAUGUGACCAAAAAAUUACCUAUAUCCUAACUUAGGUUUUGUUAAUAGAAAUUAGUCUGAAUAAUCACGAAUUAGCCCGCCGGCAAAGAAUUGAUAGAUAUUUCUUUAUUUAACGGAUAUAUAAUACAGACGGUAUUAUAUUUCCGUUAAAUAAAGAAGAGAGAAAACCACUACCUUCUCUACACUACUAGUGGUUUUCUAAUGUAACAUACGAUGAUUUUAUUAUAUUAUUAUGAAAAUAUAUAUAUUAGAACUGCUGUUACUGUCUGCUGCCAUGUCAUAGAGCUUUAAGUUAUUUGCAGCUGACAGUAAUGUCAUAACUCCGUCAUACAUCGAAAUUCCCAAAGUUUUCACGAAAUUCAUUUAGGUAGCCAAUAGGUUAUAUAAAAAUUACUAAUAAGAAAAAAUAAUGCCAUGAACGGCCUAACCUAGUAAAAUGUAAUCUUAAAUAUUUAUUGUUGUGUUGGUUUGUACGAGACAGUAUGUCCUACUUACUAUUUUAUUUAAUAUAUUAUUUCGAUACGAGGUCUUUGUUAUAUGCUUUAAAAUAAAAUAAAACUAUAGUUUG